AUGAAUACCGAUACAAGCCCGGCAGGGAAAUCGGCAUCGGUUGAUCUUGGAGAGACUACCACGAGACGGCACUCCAUUACGUCGAUCGAAUCACAGCCUUCAAGAGUUGAAUCAUACUGUGCUUCUUCUUUUAUACAAGAUGAAGGUCGUGAACCCCAUAUGGGGCUUCUUAGUAGUUGUGGCAUGAUUGUUGGUCUCAUCAUUGGCAGUGGUAUUUUCGCUUCUCCGGGUCCGGUUACCCUCAAAGUCAAUGCUGUCGGUCCAUCUCUGUUGGUAUGGGCUAUUGGUGGUUUACUGAGUAUGAUUGGUGCGCUUUGCUAUGCAGAACUGGGUACCAUGAUUACCAAGUCUGGCGGUGAAUAUCAGUAUCUUAAAUCCUCCAUGGGUCUCUGCGUGGCCCUCACUUUCAGUUGGAGCAAUUUGAUCCUGGCCAAUCCUAUCGGCACCGCCUCGAUUGCCAAUGUUUUCGCGCAAUACAUUCUGGAAAUGGCCUACUUCAACCCUGACGAUCCAACCAUCGUGGAAAUGCCUGAUUACGCUAUUAAGCUGGUCUCGAUUGCUUGUAUUUGGGUGGUUGUCCUCUUCAACAGUUUUGCCCGCAAAGCCGGUUCUUGGGUUCAAAACAUUUUCACCGCUGCAAAAUUGAUUGCGCUUGCCAUGAUUAUCAUUAUUGGUUGGAUCUGGCUCGGCAAAGGAAAUACCGCCAAUUUCGAAAACGCGUUCGCCAACAGCUCCAGCAAUGCCCUCGACUACGGUACGGCAAUGUACAUGGCUCUUUUUUCAUACAACGGAUGGAAUAACUUGAACUAUGGUAUUGGCGAAGUCAAGAAUCCCAAGAAAGUAUUGCCUUUGGCGAUUACCAUUUCUUGUGUGCUCGUCACCGCCGUUUAUGUCCUUGGUAACAUUGCUUACUUUGCCACACUUCCUGUCUCCACGGUCGCCACUUCUUCUACCGUGGCCAUGCAGCUGGGUAUGGUGACCAUGGGAAAAGCCGGUGCCUACUUCUUUGCUUUAAUGGUCGUCCUUUCCACCUUUGGUGCGGUCAACGGUAACAUGUGGGCCGCUUCUCGUCUCGUCGUGGCAGCGGCGACCGAAGAUAGCGUGUUCAUGCCUCCCUUGUUUGCCCAUUAUCAUUCCAAGCAUGACACGCCUAUCCGCGCGUUGUUCUUUGUCGGUGUCAUUGGCACCAUCUGGUGUAUUCCCGGUGAUUUCAGUUACUUGGCCAAGAUGUACAGUUUCAUUUGCUGGCUGUUCUACGGUCUUACCAUUGCUGGACUUAUUGUGAUGCGUUUCAAGAAAAAGACAAGACAUUGGGAACGUCCCUUCAAGAUUUGGUUGCCUGUUGCUGUAUUUUUCGUCAUCAUCGAUAUUUACUUGGUGAUUGCUCCUUUGGUGGAUGCUGGAUCGGCCGGUGUGUACCAGUACAUCAUUUGUAUUAUCGUCGGUCUGUUAGCCAUUCCGUUAUGGUUCGUUCGUGUGAAGAAGCCUGCCAUUGGACGUACUCUCUUUGGUUGGAUUCCGGGUUACAGGGACGCGGGAAUUCUGAAGAAGCGAAAGGAAAAAGCGUCAUCGCCCAAUAUGGAAUUGGAGGAACGCGUGUUCAGAGACCAUCGUGCUGCCGAAGAGAAGGAACAUCAAAGUGAUCACUAG